AGCCUCGGCAGCCCCUCUGCCCAGCACCCUGCCAAUGUUGUGGCUUUCGUCGGCUUAUCCCUGUCCGAACGUCGAUAAAUACACUGACAUCGCGGACUGUCCCCUGCAAUCUUGGAGCACGUCACGAUGGCCAUCCCUGGGGAUUCUCAAGAUGCUAUCACCGCCGUUCAACCGUCCCCCCGUGGUACUGGGAGAGAAAGGGCGGCCGACUUUCUGGCCACUGUCGAUGAAGAGCAACGGACCUUUACGCCGGACGAGGAGAAGGCUGUUCUCAGACGCAUCGACUGUCGGAUCCUCCCUCUCCUGCUAGGGGCGUACUUCUUCCAGCAACUGGACAAGUCAACGCUCUCCUAUGUAUCCAUCUUCGGCCUCGUCGAGGAUGCCCAUCUACAUGGCCAGCAAUACUCCUGGCUGGGGUCUAUCCUCUACCUUGCCCAGUUAGUCGUGCAACCACUUGCAGCGCUGCUGCUAGUCAAGGCUCCGACCGGAAAGCUCAUCGGAACUGCCGUGUUUCUGUGGGGUAGCUCGCUGGCUAUCAUGGCAGCGUGCACCAACUUUGCCAGCUUGUUGGGACUGCGACUCACCUUGGGAGUGUUCGAGGCGAUGAUCGCACCCUCGUGCGUGGCCGUCACGCAAAUGUGGUGGCGUCGAGGCGAGCAGACCUUGCGGACAGCGCUGUGGAGCGGGAUGAAUGGAGUCACCUUUGUGGUCGGAAGUCUCUUUACAUACGGUCUGGGUCACAUCCACAGCGACACCCUCUUCUCCUACCAGAUCAUCUUCAUGUUCUGCGGUCUCCUCACCGUAGCCUAUUCCGUUCUUGUUCUCAUCUUCAUGCCCGACUCUCCUAUGGAAGCUAGGUUUUUGAGUGAGCGCGAGAAAGUGAUUGCCGUAGAGCGAUUGAGGGCCAACCAGAUGGGAAUCAUCUCGCGCGAGUGGCGAUGGGACCAUGUCUGGGAGACAGCAUAUGACCUGAAGACGUGGUUCUGGUUCCUGCUAAUCGUGUCCAUCUCAAUCCCCAGCGGUGGCAUCAGCACCUUUGGCAGCCUCAUCAUCGAGUCCUUUGGGUAUGGAUCCUUCCAGACCAUCCUCUUCAACAUCCCCUUUGGGGUCAUCCAAGUCGUUGCCAUUUUAGGCGGAGGCUGGCUAGCCACCCGAUUCCAGCGGAAGGGGUUAGUAAUUGCCGGAUUCGCCGCCAUCUCCGCUGUCGGUACGCUCUUGAUGCUUGUCGUGCCGCGGGAACAAAAAGGCGUUCUUCUAUUCGGAUACUACCUAGUAUCCUGUCUCGCAGCUAUCACACCCCUAGUCUACGCAUGGGAAGCACAAAACACAGCCGGCGACACCAAACGAAAGUGCACAUCAGCGGUAGUGUUAAUUGGGAUGUGCGCGGGCAAUGUCAUCGGUCCCCAACUCUACUCCACUUCCCAGGCACCAUUAUAUCGCCCGGGGCUGAUCUCCAACCUCAUUCUAUUCAUAUUAGUAGGCGUCUUCGCCAUCCUCAUGAAUCUCUACCUCGUGUAUUUGAAUCGAAAACAGGCUCGCAAGAGAAGAGCCCUCGGCAAGUCAGCGCAGAUAAUCGACGAGUCCAUGCUCAGCAAGAAGACCGUGGAGCAAGGCAAGGCCAUCGAGGUAGAGGAUGUCAACGCCCCGUCAGCGGAGGGAGUCAGUGCCAGUGCCAGUGAUAAGGGAUUUUCGGAUACCACCGAUCUGAAGAAUGAGGAUUUCAUUUUUGUAUAUUAAAUGAUAUCCUUUCUGGUGGUUCUGGCUCUUUUUCACUACUCGGGUGCAUAGCUGGUGGUGGUGUCUUGUCAAAGAAUUA